CUGCGACAAUAGCGCAACCACCACCGCGGGUGCACUUCUCACUACCGCUCCUACGCACUUCCUCGACGCAUCGCAGAAAAUAACAACAGAAGAAGACAAGAAAAAAAAGUUGCGAAACUUUUCGUCGGUCGCGAUACCACGCGGGGGGGUUAGCAACUUCCGGGCCGGUUUGUUUGUUUGUGCGAGCCUGCGCGCGUGUGCCCCACGUGACAUGCGAGCAACACAGUGAUCGUGACGCGCCACAUCGUACACACCAGCGCCCAACGGCCCAACAAAACACAACUGCUUCAAAAUAGUGCUCUAGUGAUUUAAAGUGACAUGCUAACUGAACUGUGAAUUCUAAAUUUUCAACUUUCGAAGGGUUUCAUUCACGCUACAAAGAGUAGCGUGUUGGUUUCUUCUUGCAAGGAUUUCAAGCAGUUGCCUUGGCUUCAUCACCGGUCCUCGUGGGCUACAGCCUUGUUGGCGUGUACCCGUGCGCGGUGUGGAAACCGCGACGCGCUUCCAGCCCUUCGGCGACCGCCUCAAACCCACAACAACAACAACAAUCUGUUCAAACGCAAGCACCUGGACCUGCUCCGGGACCUAUCCGAACCACACGUCAACAACAACAAGAAAGAAACCAAGUUAGAACCCAGCCGUAUCCUACAACGGCGACUUUCAUCAACCAACCACCUCCACCAUCAGCCCAGGUCAACCAGCUGCAGCAGCAUCGUGUCGUCCUUCAACAUCCACAACAACAACAACACCACUGCACGCCGACGCCGAUUUUUGCUGCACCACCCGCGCUCGCUGUGCAACAAACAACGCUCGCUAAUCAGUUGCCACCCGCCCGGCCUGCAGCCGCGUCGUGUAGCUGUCGCGAUUCCAACGCAAACAUUGAACAAGUAUCGCAAGUGACCGCCAAUCCUGCUCCAAUGUUGUUCGUGCCCUUUUCGGUGCCCAGCUUUGCACCGUCGAUGACCGGCAAUAAUCUACACGUCAACAAUUGCAGUCCGUCAAAGGACAUGAAAGGUGGGUGGGCGACCUCGGGCGGGAGCGCCGCCACCACGGCCGCAGCGCCGCCGACGAAUCCCCCGACGCUGCUCGCCGUGCAGCCGCUCCUCGCGCCCACCAGCGCACAGGUCGUCCAAGCCGUACAGCAGCAGACGCAGCAGCAGACGCAACCGCCGCAGCCGAAGCAGGACACGAGCAAGCACCAUCACAUCUUUGUCGGCGAUCUCAGUCCUGAGAUAGAAACGCAAACGCUGCGGGAAGCCUUCGCGGCGUUCGGAGAAAUAUCGGAUUGUCGAGUCGUGCGGGAUCCGCAGACGCUGAAAUCGAAAGGAUAUGGCUUCGUUUCGUUUAUUAAAAAAGCGGAGGCUGAAAGUGCCAUCGCGGCGAUGAAUGGCCAGUGGUUGGGGAGUCGCAGCAUUCGCACAAAUUGGGCCACACGAAAACCUCCAGCUCCAAAAAACGAAGUAAAUUCCAAACCAUUGACGUUCGACGAGGUGUACAAUCAAAGCAGUCCCACCAAUUGCACCGUGUACUGUGGAGGCAUUACCAAUGGCCUCACCGAGGAGCUGAUGCAGAAAACAUUCGCACCUUUUGGUACAAUUCAGGAAAUUCGUGUUUUUAAGGAAAAGGGCUACGCAUUCGUACGUUUUUCCACAAAAGAAUCCGCCACCCAUGCGAUUGUAGCUGUGCAUAACACAGACAUCAACGGGCAGGUCGUCAAGUGCUCGUGGGGCAAAGAAUCGGGUGAUCCCAACAAUGCCCCUGUCCCUGGACAAGCGCUAGCCGGAACGCAGUAUCCUUAUGGAGCCUACAGUCAGCAAUUAGGAUAUUGGUAUCCGCAGAGUUUUCCGACCACAGCCGCCGCCGCCCAAAUGCAGGGCCAGUUCCUGCAAGGUAUGCAAGGCUACACUUACGGCCAAUUCGCUGGCUACCAGCAAUCGUACAUGGGCAGAAUGGGCAUGCAAGUGCCGACCACCUGGCAGGGCAUUCCCGGCCAGCCGCAGAUCCCCACGACACCGCAGCAGAUGGCGACGCCCGGCGCCGCAGCUCUGCAGCAGCCCGGACUGGUGUUUCCGAUUCAACAAUACCAAGCUCAAUAAUGAAACACACAUAUUAGUCAACCAACCAACAUAGUGAUAUUUUAAUACAAGAAAAUACACUCCGCGCGCACUAGAUUCGAAAUAAUCGCGGGGACGUUUGUGCCAAAAUAACUAAAACCCCUUUUCCCGCCAGCACAAAAAUACUCUAAACCUGCAACCUGUGUUGGAAUUGUGUGAAUGCUGAGAGCAAGCGUGGAACCUGCACCGCACGUGUGGCCGGCCCCGACGCUAGCAAAGAAGAAUGUUAUUCAUGGGAGAUAGAAAGGGAGAGAGAGAGAAAGAGUGUCGAGGCCUAGGCUAGUUCACGCUUACCACCCAGUUCACUAGUUCUCACACUAUAACCACAACCACACACCUGAUCACACUCUGGUUUGUGCAUGAGGCGCGAGCGCGUCGCCAAAAACCCCACCAUCCACCAUCACCACCACCACCCCUCAACACCCCCUGAUGUGAGGUCUGUUUGGCAGCUCGCGGACGAAGAGUGGCUGGCGCCCAGCCUUACCCUAGUACCUUAAAGAAUCACCAUCGCCCGGGACUGGGGGACGACCUGCUGCUGCUGCUCCUGCUGCAACACUACAAUCAUUCCGGUCGUAAGUUGAUUAUCAUGUGUUGGAUGGAACGGAUUCACCCGAAACACUCACACACACACACACAUACACACACAGACAUACAGAGACAGACGAAACGAAGCCGUAUUAAAAUAAAAUAUUGAAUUGCAUUCCGAGAUGCGGAUUCAGACAUUGUGUUACUCGUACUAUUGCGGUAUAGUGUUAAUAAUACUACAUGUUAAACAUGUUUUAGGCGUAUAAGAGUUUAUAUUUAUAAAGAUUGGCCUCCACAGCCUACUGUUUCAGUUUCCUGUUUAACCUUGUACAAACUUGCGUAGCAUAGGAGAACUAAUUACCAGAUGAUAAGUUAUAAAUAAAUGAAUAUAAAUAUAUAAAUAACAAAACAAACAAAAUAUAUGAAUAUAAAUAUAUAUAUACAAAAACAAAAUGAGGAGAACGAUGAUGAAGAUGAUGAAAACCAACAUUAAAAACAUUACAAUUAGCUAGAUCAGAAACCAAAAGAAAAAAAACGGCAAAAUAUUAUACAGGGUGUUGUGUAGCGCAACAUCCUGUAUUAUGAAACAUACAACGAUCCGAUGUCUGGCGCAGAGAGGGAGAAGAUUAGCAGCUAGAGGUAGAUUAAUUUGAUGGCCAGCGUCGGAAAUCUAGCCGAAUAUAAAUAAUGUAAUAUUAAUGUACAUAUGCAGAGAGAUAUCGCGAUUGAGGCAGUCUUGUGAUGUCAGAAUAUAUAGGGUGUGGACUCGUCCCGGCGUCAGAGAGGCAACAACAUACAAAAAAACCAACAAUAUGCGAUAUAUAUACAUAGCUUAAACGUGAUAUCGCAAACACAAAAAAAAAUCCGAACAUUUUAUAUAAUAAUAUAUAUAACAUGUGAAUGGUGGAAAGUUUUGAUACAAGAUUUAACAAGUAUACCGGCGACUAUAUAUAUAUACAUACAUAUAAUUAUAUAUAUAUGGGAUAGGUAUAUCUAGUGUUUAGAUAGCCGAUACGACGAGUAUUAAUUAGCAUUUAUAUAUUAAAGUAUAAACUAUAAAUAGCUAUAUAUGUUCGUUGAAAGACAAGUAUAAAUAUAUGAAUAUAUUUAAACUCGCACGCAAACAAAAAAAUAAAAAAAACUGUAGAAGCACCUUAUAAAUGUAAACGGCUGUUUUUAGUGUUAUAAGUGUAAAGGAACCACGUGCCCUGCCCAAAAAAAUGUGUUGUGUACAAACAAAAAAAAAACCUAAUAAUAUCAACGACUCGUGUGUUGACUCUUCAAUAUUGCAUUUGUUUCAUUCGAUGGUUGUGCUAUAUAAAAACAAAAAACAUGUUCGUCAGAUGGUCAAUUAAAUAAGAUGGUCAAUGAUGAUGAAGAUGAUGAAGAAAAUCGUUUGAUUCGCCGCCCAGUGUCCCCCGCAUUGGCCCCACGCCCGUGGAUUAUUAACUAGAGCCUCAUAUAUUUUCCUUAUCCUGGUUUGCUUACGCCCGACCAAGUUACCCUUAUCCAUUAUUCGGCACACUCGGGUGGAAACUUCUUUAUCCGAUGCGAAGGUCCGGUCUUCUGCGCCAACCCCCACUCCAAACUCGGCAUUUGCAUAUUUAUCUCGCCAAAACGAAAUAUCGUACUCUGUGAUAAGCACGGCCCGCAAUCAUUAUUAUGAUAUAGAUGCACCAACCCCUUUUCACAAUCAUCCACUGUAAUUGAAAGCAAUACUUGAUUUUAUUCGAUGUUUCACAUAUCAUCGACUCGGGGUCCUGGGGGACUGUCUGGGGGUGAAAAAAUCGAUGAUGAUUUACAAUGCAUUUAAAUUGCUACGCGGAAUUCGAUCCUCCAAAACAAAACUGGUCAAUAUUUGCAUCAUAUCCUCAGUUGGUUGCGUUUGUUAUAUGUGCGCUUCGAAUUUUUGUCAUUGCGGAAGAAACCAAGGGCCAAAACAAAAACACACACACAUAUUAGUCGUGGCAGUAGGUAGGACAAUGAACGAGACGAUGAUUUUAGAUGAUUUGUAUAGUUUUUCACCGUGUAUUAUUAAAAUUUUGUAUGAUUGCGAUGAAGAAGAUGAUAAAAUCAAAAAAAGUGUUAUUCGUUUGUUUCUAAUUUCUGAAGUUACGAGUUGAAAACCGUUCAGAGCGUGCAGAAAGGUGAUGACAUUGUAAAGGACAAAAAUAUAUUAUAUAUAAAAUGAAAUAAUUCUUAAUGCGACGAGCGGUGAGAGAAAAACUACCGAAAUUUGAUGAAAAAAAAAUCACAAAAAACCCAACAACAUUGUAAAGUUAGAUAGAGAAACAUAUUAUACUGCGCUGAAACAUCCGAAAAAUUGACAGAAGCAGAUGAAGAGUGGAAGAAAUUGUAACCAAAAACAAAAAAACCUAGAACAUUAUAAGUAGAGAAAUGGAAUUGAAAUAAAGACAGUUAUAAAGA